AUUCCUUUAAAGGCGCAUUUAAAGCCCCGGCUUCAGUCUAGGAGCAGCGGACCGUCUGCGCAGCCGUAACAUUCUGCCACAGAGCCAGAACAGCGACAGUCCGACCUGCCGGAGGACAAAAACACGGAGCCAGCUGGCUGUCAACGACCCGGCGAGGCUUGAGUGCAGAGCUUUACAAUUACAGCCUGUACCAAAGGAACAACGUCUCGGGGACAUCUAUGAAGCUUUCAAUGCCUUUUGAUUGAUCAGCCAAUCGAUGGGGAUUUUUACAGGAGCUCCGCCCACCAUUGCCACCCGCCCUCCUCCCCCCUCUUACUGCAGCCUGUCGCUUGCCCCCACCCACACCAUCAACCAGCCCUCCAUCCAGCCUCCCAGACACAAAAUGACUCUGGAACUCACCGAAUGGUCUUCUAUAUGGAUUUUUACUGCUUGUAAUAGACAGUAAAGAAAAAACAAAGGAGGAAACCUCAAUGACAAAAAAGCCAUAAACACCCUGUGCACUCACACACACACAUACACACACACACACACACUCAUAAACACUCUCAUACACAACGCAUGCAAACACUGGCAUACCAACAAACCAAAUAAAUUUUCAAGCAGUAUCUCACACACCUCUCAAGUAAACACAAAGAAGGAAAUGCACAAAGCUGCUGUUGGAAUGUACCACUCAUUCUUUCUGUGAAAUACAACUGCUCACUUAUUUUUUGGGGGAUUUUGUUCAAGCCUUGGAAAGCUGAUUUGCAUUUUUUUAACUGUGGGUGGAAAACAAGAAGGAUUAAAUUUGAAGUCGCAGUGUUUUUUUGGAGCACAACUUGUUUUGGGCACCAUUGAUUGCAGAUUUCUUUCUGGCUUUUUCCUCUUUAGUUCUGAAAAUUUUGAUUCUUUUUAGAUCGACAAAAAGUCUAGACUGAUAGUCUAUUCUGCAGUUAUUUAACACUUGUAGGCAUUUUGUUAAGUGAGAAAUACCUACAAGUCAGUCUGUGACAUCCACUGGUUAAUUUAAUUGCUUUAAGAAAGUUGUUAGUUUUAAAUUAGCUGCAACAAACUCAAUACAAGAAGUUUGUGAAAGUAAGAAAUCACUGUACUGUUUACCUAUCAGAGUUGCAAAAUAUUCUUUUUUUGUUAGAAGGGGAAUUUUCUUGUUGCGUGCAUGCCCUCCACCAUGCCUCCGCAGAACACAGAGGCUGACACCAUGGAAGUCGCAUCUCUGGUUGGCGGGAUCGGUGCCAAAAAAUCCACCGCAUCAGGCCCGGAGGAGGAGAAAGGGGGAGCAGGCAGCGAGGCGGAUGGAUUGGGGGGCGAAGGAGGAGGCCAAGGAGGGGAGGAGUCGGCAAGCGAGGGAUCAAUCGAAGGGAUUCCCUUGAAAAGAUGGGUGAUGCACGGGGCAGUGAUGUUUGGUAGAGAGUUCUGCUACGCCAUGGAGACAGCACUGGUGACACCUGUGCUGUUGCAGAUAGGUCUUCCAGAGCAGUACUACAGUCUGACGUGGUUCCUCAGUCCGGUUUUAGGCCUCAUGUUCACGCCUCUGAUCGGCUCGGCCAGCGACCGUUGCACUCUGCGGUGGGGCAGGAGGAGGCCGUUCAUCCUGGCUCUCUGUAUAGGAACCCUGAUUGGAGUGGCGCUGUUUCUGAAUGGCUCAUUGAUAGGUCUGUCGCUUGGUGAUGAGCAGGGCAGACAACCGAUAGGCAUCGUUCUCACUGUGCUGGGCGUUGUAGUGCUGGACUUUUGUGCAGAUGCCACAGAGGGGCCAAUCAGAGCGUACUUGCUGGAUGUGGCAGAUACGGAGGAGCAAGACAUGGCGCUCAACAUCCACGCCGCUUCUGCUGGCCUCGGUGGUGCAGUCGGCUACGCUCUUGGAGGCUUAGACUGGAUGCACACGUUCCUUGGAGUGAUCUUUAAGUCCCAGGAGCAGAUCUUGUUCGUAUUCGCUGCCAUCCUGUUCUCCAUCUCUGUGGUGCUUCAUCUCUUCAGCAUCGAGGAACAACAAUAUUCACCACAAAGCGACAGGCUUGAUCAGGAGAGUCCAAAUUCUAACCACCUUCAACCGUCAGCCAAUUGCAGAGCUGGACUUCUUGUUCCCAAGCUGGAAAUGAUUGGGGAACAUGAUUCGAUGGAAACCUACGAGUUCUGUGACCCUUAUGGUGACAAUCAGUCAGAGCAAGAAAUGGACAUGGACUUCCUGGAAGUGGAGCUUGUCAGAAGUAAAAGUGACAGUGUUCUCGCCAUGGCUGACGCCACCCUCGACCACCUGGACCAUGACGCUCUGUUCCUGUGCCACCUGGAGCCGUCCAUCUUUGCCGAGCGCCUCUCGCCUCACCACGGCACACCCCCGAGGAUCCCAUCCUUCUUCAGCCCUGACCACAGCAGCUCCCGUCCGCGGCUCGCCAGCAUCAGGCGCAGCAGCAGCACGGGCAGCGAAGACCUGCUUCGCCCCCACCACGCCAAUCAUCACGGGCAUUCUCACACGCCCAAGAUCUCCCGCCUCUCGGCCUUCCUGCAGGAGAUGGAGAACGAUGACGGUCAGGAGGCGCUGCUGAAUAACCAGCUUAAUGAGCAGCGGACUCUGAAUGGGAGGCUGUUGGCCAGUGUGACGAAUGCAGACAGAGGUAGCUCUGACAGGCUGAGCUCCAAAGGACAAGCACACCGUGCCGGGAUGAUUAAAGCUGCCAGUACAGGAGCUCCCAUGCGACAGCCGCGCCGCCAUCACACCUUCUACCGCCAACCGUCUUGCACUUUCUCGUACUAUGGGCGUGUAGGAAGCCACCGUUACCGCUACCGCCGAGCCAACGCUGCUUUCCUUAUCAAGCCAUCUCGCAGCAUGAAUGAUCUGUAUGUAGUGGAGGCCCGACACAGGAGGAGGAACAGACAGAAGAACAGACACCGCAGUGGGAAUACAAACUCCUCCAGCGGAGAUACAGAGAGCGAGGAGGGCGAGGUUGAGACCACCGUACGACUGCUGUGGCUCUCCAUGCUGAAGAUGCCUCCAGAGCUGCUGCGACUCUGCGUUUGUCACUUGCUCACCUGGUUCUCCAUCAUUGCACAGGCUGUCUUCUUCACCGACUUCAUGGGACAAGUCAUCUACGAAGGAGAUCCUACUGCUUCUGCUAACUCAACAUCAUUGGAAAAUUACCACAAGGGGGUUCAAAUGGGAUGCUGGGGACUGGUUAUAUACGCCAUGACCGCAGCAAUAUGCUCAGCUAUUCUUCAGAAGUAUCUGGACAACUUUGACCUGAGCAUUAAGGUUAUCUACAUCCUAGGAACUCUUGGAUUCUCAAUAGGAACUGCUGUAAUGGCGAUCUUCCCUAAUGUGUAUGUUGCCAUGGUGAUGAUUAGCAGCAUGGGCAUCAUCUGCAUGAGUAUCUCCUACUGCCCAUAUGCGCUGCUAGGACAGUAUCACGAAAUGAAAGAGUACAUCCAGCACAGUCCUGGUAACUCUCGCCGAGGCUUUGGGAUUGACUGUGCCAUCUUGUCCUGUCAGGUCUACAUCAGUCAGAUCCUGGUGGCCUCAGCUCUGGGCGCAGUGGUGAAAGCUGUUGGCAGUGUAAUAGUCAUUCCCAUGGUGGCCUCUGGGGGCUCUCUUCUUGGGUUCUUCACCGCCUGUUUCCUGGUCAUUUACCCGACACCAAACAAUGGGGAGGCGAACUCCACCAAAGCAUCAGAGAAACAGGCCUUGAGGACUGUGGAAAACCCGAGUAGCAAUGAAGACCCGGUUAGCGUGGUGAUAGAGAAACCUAGCUUCCUGAAGCUCAACAAAGAGGGAAAAGCAGCCACCACCACCACUUCCUGUCACAUGGAGAACGAGUCUGCUCUGUGAUUGGCUUGUGAAAACAACUAAAUUGACCAUUGAAAGUAAAUCAUUGGAUGAUACUAAAAUGUGCCUCCUUCUGGAGUUAGUUUGGCCCACUCUGGCUGUUCUCUUUGAAAGAUUUUCUCUGACACUAAUAAUUCAAUCUGCUGUGAAGGCCCGUGUCACAUUAGAUCAACUGGUCCCAGUGCUUCUUCUGCCAUCAGCAGAACUCAGAUCUAUCUGUACAUCUGAGACAUCCAGAAAGGAGCAACACUUUGGUCGGUGUUUUAUGAUGAGGCUGUUUGUGCUUCUCAGGGCUUUUUGAAGGUGCUUCAGAGCAGAAAAAACAUAAGUUGACUUUAAAACAAACUGUAACACCUCUUCAUCCGGGUUCAAAUGGACAUCUUUACUCUGAACACUGCUGAUGAACAUUAGUCCCCAAAGCUGCAAUCAUUACAAAAUAAAAUGCUGAAAAUUGUUCUUCCUCAGUCUGGAGUCAACUUGAUUGAACUUUUGCUUUGUUACGCUGAAGCUGAUGGAUGUGUCUGUCUCCAGCGGAGGCACUGCGUUCCUCAAAGCAACACUGCACUCAACUUUGCGGGACUUUCACGGCGCUCUGUGACAGUAGCUUUAAGACUCUAAAGACUUUUGGAAGAGGUGCUUCUGAUCCUUUGAGCUCAAAGUCUGAUUCCUGGGGAAUAUUUAUCAGUCUGCCCCAAGUUGAUUGCAGAUGUUUUGCUUUUUCUCUCUUCCACAUUGCAGCAAUUCUAUUUUUGUCUGUAUCUGUUAAUUGCAUGUUAACUAAUAUGAUCUAUCAUAUGAUCUGCUCAGAAAAAAAACAAACAUGUUUAUUUGGUAUAAUUCCACAAAAGAAAAAGCAAGAUGCAAGGUAUGCACUUUACAGGGCAUUACAAUCCCAAAUAUUCUACUGAUAAGUCAGAAAGUUUUGAUUUAUCACAGCUAAGCUACAUGCUGCACGUUUUAUAAGCAGAGAAGACGCAAACCAAACUUUGGGUUUUUUUUGCUGUAAGCACGCCAGCAAACUGGGCUGAGUCAUUUUUUACAGUGCAUUACAGGAUUCAGCAAGAAAAAGACUUAUUUAAAAUCUCCAAAUCUCUUUUUGCAGGUUUAGGAGGAAAGCCGAAGGAUGGCGACCAGACAAAUGCAAAAUAAAUCUGUGUUAAGGGUCGUGAUCAUGUUUUGUGUUGAUCAUCAUUGAUGGGCCAAAUUUAAUGAGUGGACAGAGUCUUUGCUUUCUACUUGUGACACUUUGUGUUGAUGUCGGUUGGAGAAUAGAGAAGCAUCGGUGAAAUAUUCUAAUUUUGAGAAAUCUACUUGUUGCUGAGAGUUGGAGAGAGGAAGAUCGAUUGAACUGAAAGGGGUUUUGUUAGGGGUUUGGAGGUUUACCCUCUUGACUUCAGGAUAGCCAGGUAUAUUAUGUUCUAGUUUGGGGCAAUUGUAGCAACAUCUGGAUCGAUUACGAGCUUUUUCUGUGACUUGGAUUCAAAUUUUCUGCUCCUAGAUCUCUUAGAGGUCUUGGCCGUGGUGUGGUGUGAGUGAUGCCCAGAAAUAAGCCUUUAUGGGAUUCCGUAAAUACUUAAUAUGAAGUAGACAUUUCUGUGAGCUGCAGGUAUAAAACGGCAAAAUUAAUGGUAAUGGCUGUAUAACCUGAGGACAAUUGUAACGUGUUGGCGGAUAAAAAAGUGAGAUUAGCAAGUAAAGCCUUACUUUUACCUGUUUAACAUCCAACCAGAUUAGAUUCCUUCUGUAUUUUCAGGUAAAUAAUACACCUUGCAAAACUAUUCACACCUCUUGAAUCUUUUUCACAUUUUGUCACUUUACAACCUUGAACGUCAAUGUUUGGAGUCAUCGUCCUGCUGGAAGAUUAACUCUGUGUUUUGCAGCCUGUAACAGGUUUUAUUUUAAUAUUGUCCUGUAUUUAGCUCUACCCAUCUUGCCAUGAACUCUAACCAGUUUCCCUGACUCUGCUCAGCAAAAGCAUCCCCCCUGCAUGAUGUGGCCCCCACCAUGUUUCUAAGUGGGGAUGGUGUGUUUACGCUCUUCCACAUGGUUCGUGGGAAACUGCAAACAUUUCUUUUGACUUUGUUUCAUCAUUUGAUUUCUUCUUAACACUUUGUCAUUGAGGAAGUUGGUCGCACUGGAGACGUUCAAUUGGUAGGAAUACUUUUGCAUCGCUCUGUAAAUUCAGUGAGACUCAGAGAUGAGCAGAGAGGUAUUUUUGCUUCUUUGGACAAUGGAAACAAGACAUGGAACAAUGAGAGAUAACCAUAGAUUCUGAUCUGCUUUUUAAAUGUAAUCUGUAACCACAAGGGCAAUAACAUAUUUUAGAUUAAAUGCAUGGACACACAAUUUCACCAGGGUUCUGGAUGUUUGCAUGCUACAGCAGCAAUUUGCACAUGUAGAACACCAAAGUGUGACUAUGUACAAAUUGCUGAAGCUCUUUUAAUUUGUUAUCCCAACAGAUGAGGGGACUAUUUUCAAAUAGAUGACAGGAUGUUGUUUUUUUUUUUUUUUUUUGGGUGAAAACAUGCACUUUUUGAGCUGGGCAUGUGCUCGGUCUGCACUCUAAAGAAGCAUGUGACCUUUUAUUUCCUAGUUUUGCACAAGCGGCGGACAGCAUUUGUUGUCACCUUUCAAGCAGCCAAGAUGCAACAUGAAGCUCCUUUUUUUAAAAUGAUGACACUCCAGGCUGUAAAUACUUGAAGUGCAAGUUGAGUGUUUCUGCUCCAAUAUAGUGAGAAGGUGUUACAAGGUUGUUUUUCUUUUGCCUUUUUGAUGAAUGUUCAGACAGCACGGCCCCUUCAGUGGCCUGCUGGGAGAUUGAGUUCUUAACCUUUGAUUCCAUCUUGUGACUUAAAAUGAAUGUGAGCUGUUUCAGCUGAAAUCAUUCUAGUUUUGGAUGUUCAACAAGCCAGGAUGAGUGUGCUGACAUUGCACAGACCUUGCACAUGAGAAGUUUAAAAAUAAAACAGAAGCAACACAAUGCAGUGGAGUUGAGUUGCAGAAGACAGAACUGACUGAAUAUUUAUUUUUUGAACUUUUGUGUCUGUAAAUGACACUUUUCACUUAGCUUAACUUUUGUCUACUGAAAACUAUUUUAUCUGGUGUCAUGGGAGAUGUCACAGGAGUAAACUGGACUGUGUGUGUGUCUCUGUCGGGGUGUGUGCUGUUCACAUUUGAAGCGAAAGACGGCUUUAGAAAUUGUCAUCUCAAUGUUUGUUUUUGGUUCAUGUUCUUUUUUUUUUUUUUGCAAUCGCCUGGUUUACAGUUAACUCUGGAAAUGUCAGCUGCAAUACUGAAAUAUAAGAGUCUCUGUUAGAAAUAUCUACUGUCUUUGUAAUUGUUCUUCAAUUUUUUGGGUCAGAGCCACAUGCAAAGUUCAGCUUUUUUAGUGGCCACCAUGUUGGUUUUCCUGAUCGCUGCAUGAAUGUGGAGACUGUGUGAAGCUGUUUUUGUUAUUCCAGCAAGCAGCUGUCAGUUUGUCCAACCGGUGUGGCUGGGCCUCGAGUGUUUUGUGCGGUAAUACUGAAGGAGAAAAAUGCCUAUACACUUUGAUUUUAAUAGAGAUUAAAUCGAGAUGAAUAUUUAAAGAAUGGGAAAGCAGUGAAACACCGUGGACUAUAAAAAAAAAAAAAAAAAAAAUAUAUAUAUAUAUAUAUAACAUGCCUUGUUCAUUGAAAAGAUGUAAAUAUUCAUAUUUCUCUUUUAGUUUCUUCUCUUUUGCUGCUAUAAAAGAAAGAUGAUUAUUUUUGUUAGUAGUUCUGUUUUCUAUAUAAAAUAUGUAUAUUUCUCUCUGUAAAUAUGCUUGAUCCUUCAUAAAGUAGGACUCUGGAUGAACACUGUAUGGAACGCACCUUUAAAACCUGUUAAGAAGUAAACAAUCAACGACUUCUCUCUUA